CGUGUGUGUUCUGCGGAGGAGCCGUGCACACAGGGGAGCUUUGUGUGCUGGGCCGCGCCGGCCCCGGGUCUCUGUGCCCGGCAGCAUGCAGGCGCUGCUCCCCCCCGCUCUGCUCCUCGCCGGCCUGGCCCAGUUCUGCUGCAGGGCACAGGGCACUGAGCCACUAGACACGACACCUGAAGGCAGACCUGGAGAAGCGUCAGAAGCACAUUGGCGUAAACAGUUUUGUCACUGGCCCUGCAAAUGCCCUCAUCAGAAGCCCAAUUGCUCUCCUGGAGUGAGCUUGGUGAGGGAUGGCUGCGGAUGCUGUAAAGUCUGUGCUAAGCAACCAGGGGACAUCUGCAAUGAGGCUGACAUCUGCGACCCACACAAAGGGCUGUAUUGUGACUACUCGGCAGACAGGCCUAGGUACGAGACUGGAGUAUGUGCAUACCUUGUAGGUGUUGGAUGUGAAUUUAACAGGGUACAUUAUCAUAACGGCCAAGUGUUCCAGCCCAGUCCCCUGUUCAGCUGCCUCUGUGUGAGUGGGGCCAUUGGAUGCACGCCUCUGUUCAUACCAGAGCUGGCUGACACUGACUGCUCUCGAGCUGAAGGUGGAAAGAAGUCUAAUAAAUCAAACUGUGGCCUGGGACCAUUACAACAGCAGCUCUCAAGCUACAAAACAAUGCCAGCACACAGAAAUGCUGCAUAGACUUGGAAAAGAAAAUGUCUUGUGCAAGCAACAAAGUGGACUCCCUGCUCCAGAACUUGUGGGAUGGGAAUAUCUAGUAGGGUAACAAAUGAAAACAGCAAUUGUGAAAUGAGAAAAGAGAAAAGACUGUGUUAUAUCCAGCCUUGCGACAGUAAUAUAUCAAAGACAGUAAAGAUCCCCAAAGGAAAAACAUGCCAACCUACCUUCCAACUCUCCAAAGCUGAAAAAUUUGUCUUUUCUGGAUGCUCAAGCACUCAAAGUUACAAACCCACAUUUUGUGGAAUUUGCUUGGAUAAGAGAUGCUGCAUCCCUAAUAAGUCUAAAAUGAUUACCAUUCAAUUUGAUUGCCCAAAUGAAGGGUCAUUUAAAUGGAAGAUGCUGUGGAUUACAUCUUGUGUAUGUCAGAGAAACUGCAGAGAACCCGGAGAUAUAUUUUCUGAGCUCAAGAUUCUAUAAAAACAAGCAUAUGGAGGAAAAGUUAAGCCACCUGCUAAUAGCCUUCUGGCUUUCCCCUAAUAACAGGAUUUACAAAAUUCUGAGUAUUUGCCUAUUAACCUAAGAUACUGGACACAGUGGAGGGACCCAAGCACCAAGUUAUCUCGUGAAGCCUGGACUCUUCAGUGAUCACAGCCAUGUAAUACCAAGAGUUCCUAAGGAGAAAGUGGAAGAGUACCUUCUUGGAUGAAAGUCAAAGGCUACAGAAACAUUGAUUUAUUCUGUCCUAAUAGCACUUCCUCCAUACCCUGCUCUCUGAUAUGGUGGUAGGAAAGAACUCAAAUCAAGAGUAGUCUAGGAAAUGUCAGACUUUUUCUCUCCGAGGCUUUGAUUGGGAUGCUAGCUCUCUGUACAUUAGGGAGUAUACUAAAUGUCAAUCAAUUAUCAGCCUAAAAACACAUGAUCUCUACCCUAAAUUUUAUUUUCCAAGGACAUCAGAGAUUGCAGAUACAAGGAGAUGGUUCCUAGGUGCCACAACACUAUUGCUCUCUUCUUUAGCCACUAUACCAAGACUGAUCCUUAGCAUCUCAGUUCCUUCCACAGCAUUUAAACUGCCUUUCUUUUUCGUUGUAGUCAAAGAUUACUGAUCAAUAGUCAGAAAAAGCAGCUUGUUGUAGAGAAACAACUGCAGUAAUGUUGCUGGAAUGAGCUUAAGACUAUAAACAUGGACUAUUGACUCAAAGCAUUUUUGUUCAGGAGAACUUACACGGUUAUGUUAUUUAUUCACUAUAAUGUAGCUGUUCCAUGCUUUGUCCUGAUAGCAACUCUGAUGCAAAUAAAUCUUCCAUUA